AUGGACUUUGCAUGGGUAAACGGGACCAAUCCCCGGAAGCCAUUAUCUUACACGUCGGAUAAUGUGACUCCGGCUACGCAAAGUACGGAAGCAACCCAUCGAUUUGCACCCGCUCAGAGUUUACGACGCCAUCGGGCGGAUACCAUGCCGUCGCAACCAUGCUUAAACUACGGCUAUUCCCCGUCUCCUAGUGGAUUGAGCACUGGUGUCCGUCAUCGUUCGGGUUCCGUUACUUUCCCGGCCGAGGUGGGGCUGUUUUCAACACCUGGAACGGACGAAGUGACGAGUCCCAUGGAUGAAAAUGCGUCCAAUACCAUCGCAAGUACCCUCGCGUCUUUAGGUUUGAACGAAGACACCGAUGACCACGGCACUCACGAUACCCCCGCCGUUACCACCGCGGCCACCGCAUCCUAUUUCCCCUCUGACGAACCCACGCGUCAUCGCUCCUACACAUUUGCAGGUCGCAAUCCGCUCGAUCGUCCCGAUCUCAAUCAUUUGUUGGGCUUCAGCCCUUUUUCUCCCCAGACUCGAAGCGCUGUGCAACAUCGACCGCGCGCCAUUAGCGUUGGCAUGGCCGACAAUGCGCAAUUCAUGCCAUUUGAACCCAUCAUGUCCAAGUUGUCACAUCCCGCAGAAACAAGUAGCAUGUUACGCGCAUCGCGUAGUAGCAGCAAUUUGUUCGAUUUAGGAAAGGAGCUUUACCAACCUCGUACCAUGAGCCGUUUACACGAGCAGCUGGACGACUUUGCAGAGCAAACCGUCAAGCCUCAAACCACCGAGGAGUCCCCUUCCUCAUCACCUGCGCAGGUGCCUUCACGCGCUUUAUGGCUUGGCAACGUCAACCCUUCCGUGAGUGUACCGGAUCUUAUAAAGUUGUUCUCCUGUUACGGUCACGUCGAAAGCGCGCGUAUCUUGUCUGACAAGGAAUGCGCAUUUGUCAACUUUCUUACCGUGGAAUCGGCAGUGGCGGCCAAGAAUGAUUUCGAAACACGACUAGGCAGUCGUCUCAACGGCACCGUGGUGCGAGUUGGUUUUGGCAAAGCCGAUGUCAAUGUGGCCAUGGCAUUGACCAAUGAAGCGGGACCUAAUGCGCAAGGUCCUACUCGCGCUCUCUGGAUCGGUAACAUUCCUGCCAAUAUCAGUCCUUUGGCGCUUCGUUCUUUGUUUCAACCUUUUGGAUCGAUUGAAUCGGUGCGAGUCUUGUCUCACAAGAACUGUGGUUUUGUCAACUUUUACAAUCAGGAAGAUGCCGUAAGAGCUCGCAAGGCAUUGCAAAACAAGGAAGUGCUGGGUCCGGGAACGGGCACGGUCCGUAUUGGAUUUGCCAAAGUUCCGACUGCUUCAACAGAGGAUCAAGACGAUGUGUCGGGCAUCUCUCCUUCAUCCAUUACUACGGCGAGUCCUGAUACUUACCAAGCUACACAGUGGGCGACGGCCAUGAUGAUGACCAGUAUGUUGAUGGAUACCCCUGGUCAAUCCCCGUCGGCUUCCGGUUUUCAGCCUACCAACCUUCAUACAGCCAUCGCGUCUGAACGCCUUUACAUCAUGAACCAAUUAGGUUAUGAUGGUCCGGAAAGCGUCAAAGAUCGUGUGCCUCUCGCGUACGCUUCUUCUAUUCCAUUGCUUCCCGAGUUGGGCGCUGAUCGGAAAGUGGAAGUAUUGCGGUUACGUGAAAUAAGAAGGGCGUUGGAUAACAAUCAAGGACUGGAUCGUGUCGAGGACAUUGCGGCAGAAUGCAUGGAUGAUAUCAUCGAGCUGUGCAGUGAUUAUAUUGGCAAUACCGUGGUACAAAAGUUGUUUGAAUUCUGCAGCGAAUCCACAAAGGAAACCAUGCUGAAAAAGAUUGCUCCUUUCCUCGCUGCCAUUGGUAUCCACAAAAAUGGUACAUGGGCUGCCCAAAAAAUCAUUGACUAUGCCAAUACUUCAGUUCAGGCUGAUUUGGUCUGUACGCACGUCGCGCCCUACGUGCCAUUACUGUUGUUGGACCAAUUUGGCAACUAUGUUGUGCAGUGCUGCUUACAGAUGGACCACAAGCGAAAUCAGUACAUUUUUGAUGCCAUCGUGGAUAAAUGCUGGGAAAUUGGACAAGGGCGCUUUGGUGCACGUGCUGUCCGCGCUAUUCUUGAGAACACAGCCGUACUCAAGGAACAGAAGAUAUAUGUUGCGGCUGCUAUUGUACAAAAUGCUGUUCUUUUAGCGACCAACGCAAACGGUUCGCUCUUGUUGACGUGGCUUUUGGAUGUGUCGGAACUGUCUGGCCGUUUCCGUGUUUUAUGCCCCCGCUUGUUACCCUAUUUGAGCAAAUUGGCGAUUCACAAGUUUGGAUCCAUGGUGAUCUACAAAAUCAUUCAGCAAAAUGAAGAACCAGACGCAAGCAACCUGUUACAAAACGCGAUCUUCAAUGAUCCUGGUGUCUUGGAUGACAUAUUAAAAGACCAGGUUUACGGUGUAUCCCUGAUUCAGAGAAUAUUGACCGUGGCGGACGAUCGAUCCAAACUGGCAUCCAAGGUGAUGGAAUCAUUGACCCGUCUCAAGGUGGAGCACCAUUCCGGUUACAAAAAGCUGCUGGAUGAGUUGGACACUGUGCACGCGUCAUCAAACGAAGCAAAAGACUCUGAGUCGACCGACGAGACGCCAUGGCUUCAAAAUCCCCAAACGGUGGCCAUGAUGGCCAAUAUGUACGCUGCGGCCAUGACAGCGGCUGCGGCUGCGAAUAUCCAACAACCUUCCGGCGUCACUCCUGAUUUGUCUCAGCUGGAGCAGCUCAUGAAAAACUUGAUAAACACCAAGAAAGAUAACCAGGAACCGGAAAAGAAAUAA